GAUUUUUUCUAGAUCUCUAGAAUAGUAUCUGGAAACUGGAUUAGUAUAUAAGUAUAGUAUAGUAUAGUAUAGGCCUAAUUAUCAACUCCAUUCAGUAAAUUGUAAUUUAAAAAGCUUUCCAAAAAUGGAGGAAGAAGACGACCCAUUUAUAAGUAGGAUGGGGUUGAAGCCUAACUCAGGUAAAAAGCCUCUACGUCCACCGACAAUUAAAGAAUUGAAUACUAUGUUGAAUGAGAAAGAUUCAGCCACUGUUUUGCUACGUAUAGCCCGCGAUGAUGGUUGCUUUGAGCGAUUACUCAAAGAAAACGAGCAGUCAAAGUUAGAACUUACAGUUAAAGUUCUGGGGAAGGCUUUGGAGAACGGAGCCCAACCACAGGCAGUGAUUGAUGUCAUUAAAUUAUUCAUGGAUGCCGGAGAUUUUUAUGACAGCAUCGGCUGGAGCCUUAUGAGAAAAUUGGGACAAGACGAAACAUACAUCAAAGCUGUUUUAACCAUUUUUAAAGUUGCUGUAGAAAAAUUACCUAAUGCAGCUCCUAAAAGGCUGGCACACAUACUUUUACCACUUUGUGAUGUUAUUGAUGAGAAAUUUCAUGAACUGAGAGAUCAGAAAAAUUUGGUGAAGCAGCUUUUCAGAGGACCCCCACGACGUGUGCUAGAAGAAGAAGAGGAACAAAGACUUCAGCGUGAUGAGGAAUAUGAUGCAAAUGCUUUUAGAGAACUGACAAUAAUUCCAUCAGCCGAGGAUCUUAAUCCUGGACGUGAUGUUGUUGUCCGUGCUAAUAAGGUGCAUGGACAUUACAACAAUAUAAAUGAAUACCUUGAUAUUCAGUUUCGGCUCUUGAGGGCUGACUUAAUUAUUCCACUUCGUGAAAACAUUAACAAAUAUCUGGCCGAUGCUGAUAAACAUGAAAAUAUUGGUAUCAAUGUUUAUUCUCAGGUAAGAAUAGUUCGACCUAUCUGCCAUGACAAAGGACUCUGCUUUCGUUUAUCAUUUGAUAUUUCUAGACUGAGAAAAAUAAACUGGAAUGUCUCUCAGAAACUCAAGUAUGGCUCUCUGCUGUGUUUGUCUUUAGACAACUUUAAUACGUAUCUCUGUGCUGUGGUUGAACAUCGCGAAGUCAAAGACCUUGAGAGAGGGCUAAUAGAUGUCCAGUUUAUAAUGCAUGACAAUAGACCUGAGAACCACAUUGAGGAAUUCAUGAAGUUGCUACAAGAAUCUCGAGAUCAAAGGUACACUAUGGUCGAGUCACCCACCUACUUUGAGGCCUAUAAAUAUGUUCUUGAGGGUCUCAAGGCCUUCACAGAGAACAAUUUUCCUUUUUGGAAAUAUAUAGGAGAGUGCAACCCAAAUGUUGGCCCUCCACAAUAUCUUGUGGCUCAACAGCCAAUUAGCUAUGACCUAAGACCUCUUGUAGAUAAGAAAUACAUCAUCACUGAUGAUGGCAGCACACAACGUUUCAGCGAGGAAGCUGAAAUAGCCUCAAAUGUAAAGGUUUUAGAGCCAAAUUCGUGGCCAAACGCAAACACGUUUGGCCUGGAUAACUCCCAGUUUGUUUCCCUCCAAUCAGCUUUGACUAAAGAGUUCUCCAUCAUACAAGGGCCACCUGGGACUGGGAAAACUUUUAUUGGGCUUCUCAUAAUGAAGGCCCUCUUGCACAACAAACAAUUUUGGCUGGGAGACGUUGAACACAAGCCUAUUCUGUUAGUGUGUUACACAAACCAUGCCUUAGACCAGUUUCUGGAGGGGAUCCUGGACUUCUUCCAAGGCAAAAUGGUGCGUGUGGGCUCUCGCAGUAAGAGCGAGAGACUGGAGGACUACAAUCUCAGAGGGCUGAGACACAGGGCCAGGGAGAACAGGUCUAUACCUACAGAAGUUCACCUGGCCAAACAGCAGGUCAGGCUUGAACUCAAAGAGUUUAAGGUGGACAUUCACAGGGAAGCUGCUAAGCUUGAAAUCCUUGAAACAGAAAUUGUCAAAGAAACGUUUCUGAAAGAUUUCAUCCACCCCGACCAUUACAAAUCUCUCACUCAAAGAGCAGGUCGCAAUGAAAGCGUCAUUGUCCAGUGGUUGGGAAUAAAAGAUGAGAUUCAAAAAUUUUUGAAACCAAAACCAAAAUCAAAACCCAAUCCAGCUGCAACAAAUGUCGCCAUGGCAACCGCUGACACAGGGGGAGCUGUAGGUGACAACAAUGCACAGGAAGAAGAAAAUGAAGAUGAAGAGGAUGCUGAACUAGAUGAGAUCAUUGAUGCAAUGACAGCCACAACUCGUUAUUUAGAUAUCGAUGAGGAUGAUGAUGAUGAUUUUGAUACUAAUGAUGAUGACUUAUUUGCUGAGCUGCUUGAAAGUUUUGGCGGUGAUUUCAUGGAAAACGUGAGGUCUGUGAACAAGAAACUGGAUGAUGUGGAUCAGGAAGCGAUCGUUAUAAAAAGAGAAAACGUUGCCUUUAAUAUCAGUGAGUACGGAGAAGAAAAAAUGCCGUACAAUUUGAGUAAAGAAGAAAAGGAGGAUUGGAAAAGCCAGAAGCCCAAGAAAAAGUUUUACAGAGGUUAUCUUUUGAAACAUCUGCAGACAACAGAACGCAUGAGUGAAGACGAGGCUGGACACGUUUUCAAUGUCUGGAGAAUUUCAAAAGCAGAGAGAUGGAGACUGUAUCGCUACUGGGUAGAUUUGUACUGUAGGCAAAUACGUGGCUCAAUUAGAGACACUUCGCAGAGGUACGAAGAGAAAGCCAAGAGAUAUCAAGAAAUAUUACAUCAGGAAGACAAAGUCAUAUUGCAGAAAGCAACAAUUAUAGGGAUGACCACGACAGGCGCAGCUCGUUACCAGGGGAUCUUGCGUGAGAUCGGGCCAAAAAUCGUCCUGGUUGAGGAGGCAGCAGAAGUGUUGGAAGGUCAUGUGCUGACCUCACUGAGUGAAGAGUGCCAACAUGUUGUGCUGAUUGGAGACCACAAACAGCUGCGCCCUAACCCUUCCGUCUUCAAGCUAAAGAAAGAUUACAAUAUAGAUAUAUCGCUGUUUGAAAGACUCAUACUGAAUCAUUUUGAGUUGAAAUGUUUGAAGUACCAGCAUCGAAUGAGGCCAGAGAUUUCCAAGCUGCUGCGAAUUGAGGAUCUUUAUCCAGAUCUUGAGGACCACGAUGUUGUAAAAAAUUAUCCACAUGUCACCAGAGUUAAAGGGGAUGUUUGCUUUAUCCAGCAUUCCGAGGUGGAUGAACGCGAGGGUGACACAAAAACAUUUAAAAACUCACACGAAGCUGAAUUUCUCAUUGGUUUAUGUGAGUAUCUGAUACAUCAGGGGUACUCAUCUAAACAGAUCACAAUUCUGUCACCUUAUGCUGGGCAAAUUCACCUGAUCAAAACACUGAUUGAGACAAAACAGAGGGGACAUGGGAAGAUCAUGAAGGGUUUAAAGAUCUCUUCUGUGGACAACUACCAAGGAGAAGAAAAUGAUAUUAUUUUAUUGUCACUCGUUAGAAGUAAUGAAUCGAAUGAGAUUGGGUUUCUGAAAGCUAACAACAGAAUUUGUGUCGCAUUGUCUAGAGCCAAAAUUGGCUUGUAUGUCAUUGGCAACUUCUUGGGUUUAUCAAAGAGCAGUCCGUUGAUUGAGGAAAUUAUUGUCAAAGCUAAAGAGUUGAAGUAUCUAAAGGACCACUUGGUUCUCACCUGUAUUCGCCACAAAGGGGGUGAAACUUUGAUAAGGAGCCCAAGGGAUUUCAAACAUGUGCCAGAGGGUGGGUGCUCAAAGCCGUGUGCUGUUCGCCUUGAAUGCGGGCACAGCUGCAAGAGAAUUUGUCACUCUGACGACGCUCAGCACGAGAACUACCAGUGCUCAGAGAAGUGCCAGUACAGGUGUGAGAAAUGUGACCAAAACUGUACAGGUGAGCACAGGUGUGGCCAGCACGACAGGUGCAGAAAUCUGGUGAAGAAGAUUAUCCCCAUCUGCGGCCACACCCAGGAUGUGCCCUGCCACGAGCAGCCGAACCUGUUUGAGUGUCGGGAGAGAUGCCGAGAAAAGCUUCAAUGUGGCCACCCCUGUCCUGGCCAGUGUGGGAAGAGACACAGCCACACAGAGAUCAAGUGUACGGAGAUUAUUGAGGUCACCCCAACCUACUGUGGACACAACAAGUUUCAAACAGAGUGCUGGAAAGCCAAAGAGGGCAGAAAUUUCAACUGUACCGAGCCUUGUAAAGCUGUACUGGAAUGUGAACAUGUCUGCAGUGGUACUUGUGGCAGCUGUCAGAAUGGACGUCUUCAUGUCAACUGUACAAACAAAUGCUCAAAGAUCUUAAUCUGUGGCCAUCAGUGUAGAGACACUUGCAAUAGUUGUCCCCCUUGCACACAUCCGUGUGAAAAUGCGUGUCAACAUUCAAGCUGCCCAAAGAAAUGUGGAGAUCUGUGCUCCUCCUGUGUGGAGGAAUGCUCCUGGCAAUGUAAACAUGAGCAGUGUAAGGAGCGCUGUUGCCAGCCCUGCUCACGUCCAGCUUGUGAUAACCCCUGCCCUCUACGGCUCAAGUGUGGCCAUAACUGUUCAGGUUUGUGUGGGGAGACCUGCCCACACCUGUGUGUCAUUUGCAAUAAAGAGGAGCUGAUGAGCUCCAGUUUGUACGGCUAUGAUGGGGAUCCAACUACACUGUUCAUUGAGCUGGACUGUGGCCACGUAUUGGAGGUGGAGUUUGUGGAUCACUGGAUGUCCACUUCAACUGCAACCCCUGAAGGAUCAGACCAAGAGGCUAUUGGUCUAAAAACAUGUCCUCUUUGCAAGACACCCAUUCGCAAGUGUGAGCGAUAUAAUAAACAAAUCAAGGAAAUGCUGUGUUUAAUAGAGAGUGUAAAGAGAAAAUAUAUCGGUGAGAAAAAGAAAGAUAUGAAAGCACUUUUAGACCAGAUCACCGCAGAGCUGACUGGUCAAGAGAAAACAAUUAUUGAUGCUUUUCUUCUGCAAGGUAAUACAGUUCUGUCAGAGACAAUCCUAGAAGCUCAGAUAAAUCAGGUGAACCUGUGCAGGAGGAUCUUUGCCCUACGGCGAGUGGUGGAGGAGUGUAAGAGCAGAUGGGAACAAAGGGCGCAGACGUUUGAUGACAUCCUGUUCCAGCUGGGUCUCUUUGCCAACUGGACGCUGCUGAGGCGGGCCAUAUUUUCUCAGCAGAACAGACAAGACGCUGAAGAGGAAAUUAACCGGCUGAGUGUUCUCAUAGAUCUCCUGAAGAUAGAGUUAAAUAUUAGCACGCGUGGUCUCAGAAAUAACCUUCCUCCCAGAUGUGUUUUUAAUCUGGGACAGAAUAUAGCAGCCCUGUCUGUCUCUGGGAAAAUCAACAAGAAAGUCAUUGAAGAAAGUAAAACCUUAUGUGAGGAGCUGCUCAAGCUGGUUCCUGAGUCUCACAUAGCUCUCACCAACAAAGAAAAGAUGGAAAUUGUCAAAGCUGUUAAUGUCAGCAAAGGGGCUUGGUACAAGUGUCCAAAUGGCCAUAUUUAUGCCAUCGGUGAUUGUGGAAGAGCAAUGGAAGAAGCCAAAUGUCCUGAAUGCAAGCAAAAAAUUGGUGGGACCAACCAUGAACUUGUUGCUACAAAUGCAAUGGCGCCAGAAAUGGAUGGGGCAGAGGCUCCAAUAUGGGACAAUUUAGAUGCAGAUAGAGCUUUGGCAGAGAGACUUCAACAACAAUUUAAUGACAGGCUCCAAGACUUCUUUUUCUGAAGUGCACUACACAAAGCAUGCGAUUACAGAGAGAUUAGUGAAAGUGUUGGAGAAAUAAGACACUUGCAUUGAGACAGAAAUAGCCAUUUGCUAUAGACUUGUUUCUACUAGGUUUUUUUUUAGCUAUUGAUUGAUGUUUUUACUUUGUAGUUUUCAUUUUUUUAUGUAUUAAACAUAGCUUAAUACUUAAUUAAGUAGUUUUUUAAAAUUUAAAAUUAAAUGUGUAUUUAUAGAUGUAAAAUGGUAUAAAAUUCUUCCACUGUCCUCUUGGUAUGUUGGCUUGUUUAUUAUAAAUGAGAGAAGAUUUAAAGUUUUUUUUCUUUAAAAAAUUUAAGCUAUGUAGUUACAUAUUAAAUUAAACUAGUUUCGAAGAUUUUAUCAUUUAACUUAAGCACACUAAAUAUUCUACUAUCAUAAUAAAUGUAUUCAAAAUAGUUCUAAAGGUAAUUUUUUUAAUAGUAGGAAUAAAAAAGACAAAAAUCAAUAUAUUGAUGUCCAUGCACCUAUUUAAUGAAUUUUUUAAAACUCCACUGAAAUGAUGCAUCUUGUUAAUGAAUAUAGAAGGAAACUGAGAUUGGUGUGUUUAUUGGAAACUGAAAUUGGUGUGUUUAUGUAUUGGAAACUGAUAUUGAUGUGUUUAUGUUUUUUGAAAUUGAAGUGUUUAUGUAUUGGGAACUGAGAUUUCUGUGUCUAUGUAUUGGAAACUGAAAUUGAUGUGUUUAUGUAUUGGAAACUCAAAUUGAUGUGUUUAUGUAUUGGAAACUGAGAUAUAUGUGUCUAUGUAUUGGAAACUGAAAUUGAUGUGUCUAUGUAUUGGAAACUAAGAUUUAUGUGUCUAUGUAUUGGAAACUGAGAUUUAUGUGUCUAUGUAUUGGAAACUGAAAUUGAUGUGUUUAUGUAUUGGAAACUGAAAUUGAUGUGUCUAUGUAUUGGAAACUGAGAUUUAUGUGUCUAUGUAUUGGAAACUGAAAUUGAUGUGUCUAUGUAUUGGAAACUGAGAUUUAUGUGUCUAUGUAUUGGAAACUGAAAUUGAUGUGUCUAUGUAUUGGAAACUGAGAUUUAUGUGUCUAUGUAUUGGAAACUGAAAUUGAUGUAUCUAUGUAUUGGAAACUGAGAUUUAUGUGUCUAUGUAUUGGAAACUGAGAUUUAUGUGUCUAUGUAU